AUGUACCUCCCCUCGUUCACUGCACUAGCACUCUUAGUUAGCAACUAUGCUAACAUUACGUUUCCUUUGAAAUUUAGACACUGCUAUAUUAUCAACAAUAUAGGUGUUCGUCUAAAUCAUUCCACUUUUGAGUGUCUCUCUCGAUGGAUGGAAUCAUCAGGCUCAAGUUCACACUCUGAUACGGAUAGUAGCAAUGCCAGUGUGUCUAAAAGUCAUGGUGAUAAAAGAAACGAUGUGGAUGACAUUCUUGAUGAUAUUUCCACGGAAUUUGUAGGACAAAAUACUCCCGUACGGUACUAUAGAAGUUCGACAAAAUCAUCUGAGCCUAAUGACUUAUCUGAUAAAGAGGCCGGACAGAUUGACUACGAAAGAAUAUAUAAUGAUAUGGAAUUACCUCUGAGCAAGUACAUUGAUCGUAACAUUAAAACGCUCAAAGCUGAAUCUAAUAUCACAGAAUUAAAGCCCUCUCAAAUAGUUGAUUAUGCAGAAGCGAUUGAUUUGACAGAGGCAUGUAAGCCCAAAGACUAUUCUGAUAUACUAUACAAAUUGUUGGACGCACCCGAAAUCGCACCAAAGCUCAGUGAAAGUAGCAAUGAAAAUUUGUAUAAGAAAUGUAGUGAUAUGGUUGCUGAGCAAGAUAGUAAAGGAUUUAGGUUCCCAUUUGGUGGUACCGUAUACGAUAUGUACACACGAGAUUCCGUUAUCAAAAGUUGGGGCAAAACCAACAUUGAAGCCAGAUCUCCAGUAGAUAAGACGCGACCUAGUGUGGGCUAUGGAUAUUACAUACAUCAGGAUAGAUCUUUGGCAGAUAAACUCUCUGCCAAUCAGUAUUACGAAGAUACCCAAGGAUUAAAAGAUCAAGUGCAAAAGUUGAGAUCAAUUCGAUUUGAAAAGUCACUAGACAAUUAUACAAUAUUACCAGGCACAAAUACGGAAAAAGUACUGGUUAGUCAUUCCAAAAGUUUGAAUGAUGUAAUAAUAAAGGCAAAUAAACUUGCUAGCGAAACUCAAGAUAUUGAUGAAGAUCUCAGUUGGAUAAACCCUUAUAACCCUUGGGAUGAGUUAAUACAUUUAAAACACAAUUCCACUAUUUUUACAGGUAAAACUGCCAAGAGCUUUGACCAACACUUCUUCAACGAAUACAGGGCAUCAUUCCUCAUUAACGAUGAAAUAAACAACCAUGUGGAAACAUUGAGGUCUAGUGUAUAUAUAGAGGACGUUUUGCAAUAUUACGGCGAAACAGAUGAGGAAACUGCAAAAAAAAACCCCUUUAAGAGCGAACAAGUGCCAUGGGAUCCAGAUGAAAUGCCAUUUGAUAGGUUAUUUGCCUUAAUUUAUCCGCCUCACAACAAAGGGCCUAUGAAAAAAUUUAAACUCAGAUUCCCCAGAAAAUCGACCGAAUUGGAUGCUGAUCUAAAGCAAAACAGACGGGAGGAUUUACCUUGGGUUUUAUCAUCUUCAUUUUACGACAACAAGCUGGAUGAAGAAUAUAGCGGUGUAAAACGUGGGAAAAUUUGCCACUCUGAUGAGCUGGGUGAAGCGGAAGGGAUGGAUUUACCCAGUGUCACCAAUGCUUCUGAGUCUUUACAGAAGUUUGUUGACCGUGUGGCAAUGGUACCCGAUUUUAAUCCAGAAAUCCUCAAAUACAGACAAUCUCUCCAAUUGGCAACUGAGGCUCUUGGGGCCAGUAGAAAAUGUAUGGGUUAUUCAUAUGCCGGGGACAUUUUCAGAGAUCAAAGAUUUGCCACAAUACUUGACAUUCUGACUAAGGCUCUAGCUCUUGAAUAUACUAGAAUUUCUAACAAUAUAUCCCUUGAUGAUAUUCAAAAAGAUGGUUCUGGCGAGAAAUUGCUGGAGCUAAAUGCCGAUUACUUAGGCAAAUUGCUGAACAUACUUUCAGCUUGGCAGGUUAAAGGGGGGGAUUUUAUAUAUGAAUUUGCAGCUUUUUUGCUACUCCAUUUGGCCCGUACCAGUACGAUUUCUCAGAUUUCAAAAAUUGCUGUACCUGUGUUCAACAGACUCACACUAACUACAAAUGUCAAAAAAAAGUGGUUGAUCAUGCUCUUGGAUAUUGUAGAGUCUAGAUUAUCUGAAUAUGUAAUACAAAAUUUACCUAUUGGCAAAAUUUCAAACGAUUGUUGUAAUCAUUAUGAAAAUUUAAAGCAGUUUUUACCUCUGUUACAAAUGUGCUAUGAGUAUCGCGUUUCCUAUGUUGGAUUUGUCAAAAAGUUAUCGAUGCUAUUUUCCGAUGAAAUUACAAAAUUUUUUACGGCAAUAAAAUCUGAUACUGAAUAUUCUCAGUUUUUUACCCUGUCACUGGCACUAAUAGAAACUACUAAGGAUUUUGAUGAAUUGAUUUGCAAAUCCAUGAAACAGAUAGAGUAUGAUGGAAUUAGCGCUAGGAACGCUUUGUUGGCAUUUAAAGUUCUAAGAGACAAGGGUAGUAUGGGUGAAAUAAUAUCGAAAUUCAAGGGCAUAAUUCUGGAGAAGAAAUAUCAACUAUCUCCCAGUGAAAUUUUAGAUCUUAUUGGUAUCCUUAGGGAAAGAAGAGAUGAGCUGGGAAUUGACGGUUUACUGAUAUUUAACCUACUUGACAACUUUAGAUCCAUUUUUAAUCCCUCAUAUGAUCAGCUUUUUCAAGCCUUCGAACACCUCGUAUUUUUCAGAAAAUACAUGUCUAAACGGCACGUGAAUUUGGUUACAGAGGAAUUUUUGCGCGAUUCAGCUGAUUAUUCGUUGAUUUCUCACGUUGGUUUAAACGCUGAAUAUUUGGGUUAUCCAUUUUUUGUCACUGCCAGACUAUUAAAGUAUUCAUCGUUAUGUGGAUACACAGAUCACAAGGUCUGGCAAUCCUUUUAUGAGCUUUUGGAAAUGCACAAGCAUACGCUGGACAUGAAUGACAUAUUGGAGGUAUUAGAAGCGCUUUGUGCUGCAAAUUUUUCAAAUACUGAGAAAAUAGUGAAAUUGUUAAUUUCUCGCGCGGCAGAUGUUAUUGAGUGUGGAAGAUCGAUUGAAAAAUUAGAUGUGACACUGUCUGUUAUGGAUACGAGCAAAAGUCUUGGGCAAUUUCCUAGGGAAUUGCUUAGAUGGGUUACUUAUUCAGUGCUAUACGACGGGCGGGUAGUGAAUGAUGAAAUUUCCAUGGUUCUUAACGACCCUGAACCAAAGGAAGAGUAUUUCUGUUUCCGUGGUUUACGUUGUGAAUCUCCGAACAAGAAGCUGAUCCAGGCGCCUCAACAUCCCUUCAAUGACUUGGCGUAUACAGAACCAGAUGUUUCUAUUGUGGAUAAAAAGCAGCGUGAGUACAAAAAAUUUGAUUAUUCACUCCUUGACUCUCCUUCAAUUUCUGAGCAAAUAGUUCCUUCUCAACUGAAAAGACUCGUUGGAUUCAUUGCAGAGCUUGUGCAGAUGGAAUUGCCACUUAAAAUUGAACGACGCCUUUAUUUGAAUUUGCUCGACCUGAUGGGGCAAUCCGACACUGUAUUAUAUACAAAUUUAUUGCACAGACUGGUUCCCUCUAAAAUUGUUUCAAACUGA